AGACACCAGAACAAGACACCACCAGUUAGGGGAUAAAGAGAGGGAGAGGAAGAAGCCGGUCAAAGGGAGCAAGAGGGCAAGCACAAGCAAGGCCCAGCCACCACUUCCAGCCAUGUCCUUCUUCUCAUCCAUGGGCCGUAUUGGCCGCAGUUCGCGUCAGAAGAAGGAAAGUGCACGUCCGCCUAUCCCUCAGCUACCGCAGUCGCAGGGAAAUGGCAAUGCGCAUACCCAGUCUGGUAUGGGCUUCCCACAACAACAUACACAGCAACAAGCACAACGCCCACUCUACCUCUCGCGUCCAUUUGUUCAAAGCGCGCUCGUCAAGGGCUCCUUUGCAACGAUUGUCGUGCUACCAAAGUAUAUCGAGCAAGGCGAAUGGCUCGCCCUCAACUUGUUUGAGUUCUUUACGCAUUUGAACCACUUUUACGGCGUCGUGAGUGAAGGGUGCACGCCAAACAGUUGUCCGAGCAUGUCUGCAGGACCAGGCCUCGACUACACCUGGCUCGAUCAAAAUAGAAAACAGAUGCGGCUACCGGCCUCGCAAUACAUUGACUAUGUCCUGGCAUGGAUCAACAAUCGCGUCAAUGAAGAAGGCUUGUUUCCAACAAAGGCCGGACAGCCCUUCUCCUCGCAAUUCCUACCAACCUGCAAAGCCAUUGCAAAACAACUCUUUCGCAUCUUUGCACACAUCUAUCAUGCACAUUUCGAUAUUAUCCUGCAUCUUGGACUUGAAGCGCAUUGGAACUCAUUCUUCCAGCACUUUAUCUGUUUUGGCAAAGAAUUUGAGUUGCUGGAUGGCAGGGACGUUGAGCCUCUUGCUGUGCUCAUUCAAACCUUUCAGCAGCAGGGCAACAUCCAAUGAUGCAAAUCACUUCUGUCACUUGGUGGCAGGAUCAUAACGCAGCGCCCGUUCUCACAUCUAUUUAUAACCGUACUUUAAAAGCGCAUCUCUAUCACUUACUCACCGU